AAAUAAGGGUAUUUAUUUUCGUGUGAAUUAUAUUUAAAGUGUUAUAAAAAAUGUCGAUUGAAAUUGAAUCUGCAGACGUAAUUCGUUUGAUACAACAGUAUCUUAAAGAAUCAAAUCUUGUCAAAACAUUACAAACAUUACAGGAAGAAACAGGUGUAUCAUUGAAUACAGUAGAUAGUGUAGAUGGUUUUGUAGCAGAUAUAAAUAAUGGUCAUUGGGAUACAGUAUUAAAAGCAAUACAAUCAUUAAAAUUACCUGAUAAAAAACUUAUUGAUUUAUAUGAACAGGUUGUCUUAGAAUUAAUUGAAUUACGAGAAUUAGGAGCAGCUCGAUCAUUAUUGCGACAAACAGAUCCUAUGAUUAUGAUGAAACAACAAGAACCUGAAAGAUAUAUACAUUUAGAAAAUUUACUUGCACGUUCGUACUUUGACCCACGUGAAGCAUAUCCUGAUGGAAGUACAAAAGAAAAACGAAGAGCUUACAUAGCUACUGCUUUAGCUGGUGAAGUAUCAGUAGUACCAUCAAGUAGAUUACUUGCAUUAUUAGGACAGGCAUUAAAAUGGCAACAACAUCAAGGUUUACUUCCACCUGGUACUACUAUAGACUUGUUUAGGGGAAAAGCUGCAGUUCGAGAUCAAGAAGAUGAAAAAUAUCCUACUCAACUUUCAAAGCAAAUUAAAUUUGGUCAGAAGUCUCAUGUAGAAUGUGCACGUUUUUCACCAGAUGGUCAAUAUUUAGUUACUGGUUCUGUUGAUGGAUUCAUUGAAGUAUGGAAUUUUACAACUGGUAAAAUCAGAAAAGACUUAAAAUAUCAAGCUCAAGACAAUUUUAUGAUGAUGGAGCAAGCAGUAUUAUCAAUGUCUUUUAGUCGCGAUAGUGAAAUGUUAGCUGGUGGUGGACAAGAUGGAAAAAUAAAAGUAUGGAGAGUUCAAAGUGGACAAUGUUUAAGAAGAUUUGAAAAAGCACAUUCAAAAGGUGUUACAUGUCUUCAGUUUAGUAGAGAUAAUAGCCAAAUUUUAUCUGCAUCAUUUGAUACUACUAUAAGGAUACAUGGACUCAAAUCUGGAAAGACCUUAAAAGAGUUUCGAGGACAUGCUUCUUUUGUAAAUGAAGUAGUCUUUGUACCAGAUGGACAUAAUAUAAUAAGUGCAUCAUCUGAUGGAACUGUAAAAGUUUGGAGUUUAAAGACAACAGAAUGUAUAGGUACAUAUAAAUCUUUGGGAGCUUCAGAUUUAACUGUUAACAGCAUACAUCUUCUUCCUCGAAAUCCAGAACAUUUUGUUGUGUGUAAUCGUUCAAAUACAGUAGUAAUUAUGAAUAUGCAAGGACAAAUUGUAAGAUCAUUCUCUAGUGGAAAACGAGAGGGAGGUGACUUUGUAUGUACUGUUGUAAGUCCACGUGGUGAAUUUAUUUAUUGUGUUGGUGAAGAUCUUGUGCUUUAUUGUUUUUCUACAUCAUCAGGAAAACUUGAAAGAACUCUAAAUAUACACGAAAAAGAUGUUAUAGGUUUAACGCAUCAUCCUCAUCAGAAUCUUUUAUGUUCUUAUAGCGAAGAUGGCCUUUUAAAAUUAUGGAAACCAUAA